AUGCCACCGAAAACUACGAUGGACCACGACGCUGCAGGAAGACAAACUGAGUCUAUAUAUCCGUAUACCGCAUCGAACAAUGGAACGAUCAUCAAUAACAUCCGACCGGUGACAAACAAGACUUCGUACUACAUCACAGUUGUUCCCGAUGGACGAUUUCCCACUGGCACAUCAAGCCCUUCCGACAAGCGCGAUACGGAAAAUCCGGUUGAGGAGGAUAUUUCCCAUGGUUCAUCCAAGACAACACCCACUUCCGACGGUCGGCAGAUCUCGCUACCCAGCAGCGUUGACCAAGCCAAACAUGCACGUCUCCCGUAUUGGGUUGCUUGUUCUCCUCGCAUUAGCUGGUUAAGGACGAUCAUUCGCCAUUCAAGCCUGCGGGCUUACGGCCUUAUCUGCGGAUUUCUGAUGUGCUUGAUUUCCUACUAUAUCGGCACUCUACGUCACUCCGAAAGCAUUCGCUAA